UGAUUGGAGGACGGUCACUCUAUCUAUGACCAAAACUCUGUUUGCAUUGCAACAGUAGCAUCUCAAUCGAGUGCUAGCGAAUAAGGCGGCAAGAGCGGCUUACUGAAUAUAUGGCCAAACUGAUCAUCAUGACCAGCUCCUGAACCACGAGACGGGUAUAUAAACCCUCACAGCCUGAAGCCUGAAGCCUAACAUUGGUUAAGAAGCCAGCUUUUUUCUGCUACAGCCCCCCUGAUAAAAUGCUAUCAUGGCGAUUACCUUGGAUGAAAUCAGAUUUUACCGUCCGCAUUCUCUCCCAGCACGGCCCACAAAGUCCCUCAAUCAUCAGCCCACUUCAUUCCCCCAUCACGCAUCAAAAACACCACAAUUUACCUCUUUAACCCCUGCCAAAACCCUCUUCCCUCUAUUACCACAGCCAGUAUUACCUCACCCUCUGCCUCCCCGACCACCCACUAUCAUUUCCUCCGAUCGCCAUGCAGAAUCUAAAGCUUUACAAUUCCCCACUACCACGCCACAUACAGCCCAAUCCCAUCCGGCACAUGAGAAUGAUUUUGAUCGAGUGUUACAUGACUUCUUUUCUUAUAAUGGCAAAAGUGAGGAUGAUGGACAGUCUUCGAUGUGCAUUUCUCAGCAAGAUAAUAGAGACGAGGACUGUGGUCAAGCAACUUCGCCUGAUCCUGAUGUUGCUAGUCACACGACAGACAUCUUGCCGUCUCCCAGCUUCACCGUCCAAGCAUCUCUAGAAAUACCGGUUAAUGAGCCAGUGCAGCCAGUCGCACGAAAUGAAUCACAUCCACAGAACGAAACCAAUGAAAUCGCGUCAGCUACAUUUGGGGAUUCUCCGUUGGCAUCUUGCACAGCUGAAUCAGCUGCAUCAAUGUCCAAUGAGUUGAAUACAGAAUCAAUAGAUGUAACCACACCGGACUCUGCACAACAUUCAUCUGUUACCAAUGGACAACAAAUGGAGAUUCCACAUGCAAACGAAGUUCAGAAUCAUACUCCUGAAGCCGGCGGCAGCACCGCGAUAAGUGAAGACACCGAAUUGCAGGGAGAUACAGGAGAUUCAAAACGUGCCAACUCAAAUGAAUUAAGAGAAUCAGCAAAACGAAAGAGAAGUCCAUCAGCAUGCCUUUCUUAUCCGCCAGCUCCACUUGUCGUGGUCCCAGUUCCAUCCGGUCCGGUUUCUUUGCGGAGAAAGUCGACUCGACUGAGCACUCAACUGACCUCUGAUCAUCUGCGGUACUCAGAUAGUAUCAAUGGAGACUCGCGUGGAUCGGACUCGGCUCCCUCUGACAACGAGAACGACGCAGACUACUCGAAUUCCUGCAAGAUAAGAACAACAGUCAAGAGCUCCCGUCCAUCUAAACGCCCUCGAAGAGUUUUAGAUAAAGCUUCAUCUGCUUCUCAAGUGCCUAGACAGUCAUUUUCUGAGUCUCCAUCUGUGAAGCUACCAGAGUCACCGCCGGAAGAUUUCAGCGCAGAGAGUGAACCAACCCCCAUCCAAGGCCAUCUUCGAUUACGAUAUAUUCAAUCUAAUAUCGUCUAUUGUGUGGAAUUUUCACAGACGGCUCUUUUGUCAUCAAUUGCGGCCAGUCAAACAGAACCUACUCAGCCACAUCAGCAGGCAGACCAUCUCUCGGCAAAAAUUCCAUAUACGCCCAAGGAGGAGGCAUAUAUCAAAGAUUUAAAGGCCCAAGAGCUUGGAUGGCACAAAAUUGAGACUCUAUUUGCACAGCGAUUUCCGUAUCGGAAAGCAUCGUGUUAGAAACUGAAGCCGUCUUUAAAGAGCGGGAGAAAGGGACGGAUCAAGUCUAAAUCAAAGACGUCGUCAAAAAGAGGUAGAAAAGGACGGACCAAGAACCGUGCAUAACGACCUUUUUGUACUAAUAUUGGCGCCGUAUCGUAGAUUGAUAUAAGCAGUAGUUAGGAGCACGACUUUUCCCUGUAAACAAGCGAUCUAUGCCACCCUAUUACUGGCAGCUAAUGACAGACAGAUGGAAGGAUGCGUCUGAUAUCCCGUAAUUCAGCGAGUUUCAGAAUAAGUUG